AUGAGUGACAAUCCCUUGAAUCCGCAGUAUGUGGUUCUCGGUGACAAAGAUAAGCAGCUCUUCGAAUACGUGGCAGUAAGCCUUCCAAGCAGACUUCAUUUCUUCUUUGUUCACUGCAAGGUCAGCGCUUUAUUCUGCUCUCUGAGGUUCGCUCAAGGGGAGUUACAUAGCCAAAGAAUGGCCGUCUAUAUUUGUGUUGAGCUGCAGUCAAUCAAUGGCUUGCCAGAUAUCAUGAACUGUUUGCUAGAACGAAGCAUCAAAUUUACCGUAUCGAAAGAUCGCAACAGUCUUUGCGACCGAUGCAGUGCGAGAAACGAGCCGGUCCAGUCUCCAGAAUCCAAGUAUUUCCAAUCGCUUCCACAAAUUUCGACCCCAUCGUCGGCUUCGCUCGAGUUGAUGGACAUGUAUCCCCGUUCAGAAAGUGUGGAUAGUGAACCACAUGAUACGAAGGAGGGGCCUUCCCCGUCGCAACCGAACAAUCGAGAGGUCAGAAUCAAAGAAGAGAUUGAAGAGGCCGAUCUAGUGGCAAGCGGAUCGGAACUUUUGCAGCAAGUAUCGGCUAACUUCUCUUCUUACAAGGAAGCGGUAGAAAACUUUACCGACCCUGAUGUAUCAGUUGUACGAGAUAAAACGGCAGGAAGUCCUCCAAAACAAUGCCAGCUAUGUGGUCAUUGGAUAACUGCCAAAAAUGUGCGAGCUCAUGUGGCUACCCAUCUGACCAUCAGAAGGCUUCGGUGCACCAGCUGUGGUCAAGGAUUUGACCGAAUGAAUCGAGCCUCCAUCCACAUUGAUAAAAGCCAUCCCGGUGAUCCCACGGCAAAAAUAGAGUCGGCCAUGAACGCCGAGCAAAAGAAAGAAAUCGAAAUGUUGGCUCGUAGAUGUUUCCCACGUAAAAGCCGUUCUGCCGCUGUAAAUGAAGCUACUGAACUAUAACUAUUCAUUUUCCUUUGUGCACAGCUUGUUAGCAUCUAGGUGAUUUGAGGAGAUCUUUUGCUUUUUGUUUUCUUUCAAGCCGAACACAUAAUUUACGUUUGACGGUGACGUGUGAAGUUUAUAGUAUAUGUGUAGAGAAAUUACGAGUACCUCUCCAUACCUUUGUGUUUGUUCUUCGAU